CUUUAGUAUUAGUUUCACGCAUGCGUAAAUAUUGGCCAUGCGUAUGAGCAAGAAACCAAUGCGCUGUAUUCAAUUUAUGUUGAAUUAUCUCAGUUAGCUCAUGAUUUGCACGUACACUACAGUUACCUUUGAUCAUUUUUAUGUCUCUCAUGGCCCAGUGUGGAUAACCUCAGCAGACACGUAAGAAAAUAACGUUUGUGUGUUAGACUUUUAGGUUGACUAGCCUUCUCGCCUCGACAAAAACAUGGGGCCCGUAGUGGAACUCAUCGCUGGAAGUUACGAGCAGAUCACCUUUGGUUACCGGUUGUGCACUAGUGAAGAGGAGUGGACAGCCACUGCAGACUUCACCCACCAUGCCCACACCGCCUCGGUUUCUGCCGUGGCCACCAGCGAGAGGUACAUCGCCACAGGCAGCCGAGAUGAGACCAUCCAGAUCUACGACAUGAAGAAGAAAAUAGAACACGGAGCGCUGCUGCAUCACGACGGUACCAUUUCCUGUCUGGAGUUCUAUGGCUCCUCCCACCUCCUGAGCGGAGGUCAGGACGGGCUGCUGUGUGUCUGGAGCACCAAGAACUGGGAGUGUCUCAAGUCGAUCAGAGCUCACAAAGGUCAGGUGACGUCACUCUCCGUCCACCCGUCCGGGAAACUGGCCUUGACUGUCGGCACAGACAAGACCCUUCGAACCUGGAAUCUAAUCGAUGGCAGAUCAGCUUUCAUCAAAAACAUUAAACAGAAUGCGUUGUUAGUGAAGUGGUCGCCGCCGGGAGAUAAAUAUGUGUUAGUGGUCAAUGAUCAUGUGGAUGUGUACGACCUGGAGACAGCCACUGUCACGUCGACCAUCAUCAACCCCAAGAGGAUUUCAUCCAUCAAGUUCCUCAACAACUCUGUCCUGGCCAUAGCAGGGGACGAUCAGACUGUCCGGCUUUUUGACAUCAACACUCAGAAGUUACUCUGUGAGUUUGAGGCUCAUGAAACCAGGGUGAAAUCGGUGGACAGUUUCACCAUGGAAGAUCUCUGCGUUGUGGUAACGGCAUCGAAUGACGGCUUCAUCAAAUUGUGGAAACUUAACCUCGAGACGUUGGGGUCCCCACAGCUGCUGGGGAAGGUGAAUACGACAGCCAGGCUCACCUGUCUGUCUGUGUGGCAGCCCACCUCUCUCCAGGAGAGCCCCCCGGAGAUCAAAACCGAGCCUGCAACCUCUCAAGACACAAAGGAUGUUGGGGAUGAAGUUUCGAAGAAGCGAGUCCGGAUCUCGACUGUGGAAGUGGUCAUAGAGGAAAGCAGUUCACCCAAGAAGAAAAAGGAUGGGGGGAAAAAGAAGCAGAAAACCUAAUAAAUUAUUUUUUACUUUG